UUAACUUGGGUCGUAUCUAAUAAUAUCUUGUGCCCUAGCUGGCAGCUAGUUGCAGAGCUUCUUCUAUAUAACCCCAUACAACUCUCGUCUUCUCCUCAAAGUCUCCCUUGCUUUCCUUCUCUCGUGUGUCAAACAAGUUCACUUUUCUUUCUUGAACUUUCUUUCUUUAGAAAUGGACUUGGGUUUGGCUGCCAAGGACACCACCUGGUGUGUGUUUACUCUCCCAGCCUUUCUUGGCUAUAGGAACGUUUUAGAUUCCUUUGUCUUGUUUUCACUUUUUAUGGCGUUUGUCUCUCUUUCUCUUCUUUCUUGGGCCUUUGCUGUUGGUGGUGUUGCAUGGAAAAAUGGAAGAAACCAACGAGGCCCUGUUCCUAUCCCUGGACCAAGAGGUUUCCCCAUCUUUGGUAGCCUUGUCACUUUGAGCCGGGGCUUGGCUCAUCGUUCUUUGGCUUCCAUUGCAUGGAAGCGGGCUAAUACUUCGCUCAUGGCUUUUAGCCUUGGCUCAACUCCUGUUGUUGUAGCUUCUGACCCUCAUACUGCCAGAGAAAUAUUAACUUGUCCCCACUUCGCUGACCGUCCGAUUAAACAGUCAGCUAAGAGUCUCAUGUUUAGCCGAGCUAUCGGUUUUGCUCCCAACGGUACUUACUGGAGGCUGUUAAGAAAAAUUGCUUCCUCACACCUUUUUGCACCACGGCGCAUCGCUGCCCAUGAAACUCUUCGUCGCCUAGAAUGUGAAUCUAUGCUUCGCAACAUAGCUGUAGAGCAAAAACAAAAAGGUUGCGUCUCUUUAAGGAAACACCUUCAGUUGGCAUCCUUAAACAACAUCAUGGGCAGUGUGUUUGGCAAGAGAUACGAUCCUGCACAUGAUAGUGAGGAGCUCGAGGAGCUUAGAGACAUGGUUGCUGAAGGGUUUGAACUUUUGGGUGCAUUUAACUGGUGUGAUUAUUUGCCAUGGCUGAAUUACUUAUACGACCCAUUUCGUAUACAUGAACGUUGCUUGAAUCUCGUUCCCCGAGUUAGGAAACUCGUUGUAGGCAUUAUUGAAGACCAUCGGCUCAGUGCUGAGUCAAGAAAGGAGCUUGAUAGUUGUGAUUUUGUUGAUGUUUUGCUCUCUUUGGAUGGUGACGAGAAGCUGCAAGAAGAUGACAUGGUUGCUGUGUUAUGGGAGAUGAUUUUUAGAGGAACCGAUACAACAGCUUUGUUAACCGAGUGGAUCAUGGCCGAGUUAGUAUUGCACCCGGAGAUUCAAGAAAAGCUUCGGAGAGAACUAGACGGAGCAGCCAAAGAUGGGAACUUGACAGACUCCGACGUGGCAAAUUCACCUUAUUUAAAAGCUGUUGUGAAAGAAGCCCUGCGGGUCCACCCUCCUGGCCCACUCCUGUCAUGGGCCAGGUUGUCCACAUCAGACGUCCAACUCAGCAAUGGAAUGCUGAUACCCUGGAACACAACUGCAAUGGUCAACAUGUGGGCGAUCACGCAUGACCCAGUCAUCUGGGUAGAUCCACUGGAGUUCAAGCCAGAGAGAUUCUUAAAUGGUGAUGUAGACGUGAAGGAUGGAGAUUUAAGGCUCGCACCAUUUGGGGCAGGGCGGAGAAUGUGCCCAGGGAAGAACCUAGGGCUGGUGACGGUGACUCUUUGGGUGGCAAGGCUGGUGCACCAGUUCCAGUGGGUUGAGGAUGUGGCUAAUCCAGUGGACCUGAGUGAGGUGUUGAAGCUGUCUUGUGAAAUGAAGAAGCCUUUGCGAGCUGUGGCUUUGCAAAGGAUGGAUGUUUCCUCUUAGGGUUUCUAGGUGUUGUGGGUAAACUAUAUAAUAUAAGGUUGAUUAUAUAAUUAUCAAGACUUGGGUUAUGUCUUAAUUUCUCUUUUUGAAUUUUGAUGUUAGUUUUUAAUUUAAUUUACGUGUAGGUAAGUUGUAGUUUUUGUAAGGAGUUGCUUGAUCAUAUAUAUAUCUUUUCUAAUUUUGAGAUAUAAUUAACUACCA